AUGGCUGUAAAUUGUACAGGGGAAGUGAAAGAGGUAACAGGAACAUUUAGGAAGAAGAAGAAAGUAAAAAGUAAAAGAUUAUAUGCGGAUGUGGGUAUUAAAAAGUUACUAGGAUCCCAGCAGGCCGUUGAGCAGGGGGGGAAAAUGUAA